CCAGUCUGCUCCCGAGCUUCCAGCUCACGGAUCAGUGAGCUGCUCAUCCGUGUGUUAAACAGGAUUCACCAGUCUUCAAAGGGACCGGCAUUCAAACGCAGGCGCCACCCCCCUCGUAAGAAGGGUUGUGACGUCAGCACGUUUCAUGACCUCCGCCACUCGGUGCGCCGCCUCUGAGUCUCCAUCCACCGCUAACUAUCCACCUGAACUGCGCUCGGCAUCACCUGUCAGAAACGAAUCACAGAACGGCGUAAAAGGCAGGUUUUCCGGACAUGGACGCGUCGACUUCCCCCUCCACUCUCCGAUGCAGCUACAGUUUUGAAGACUACAAGCAGACAGCAGACUGGUUGUUGGCGCACACAAAGCAGCGUCCUAAAGUGGCCAUCAUCUGCGGUUCAGGUCUGGGCGGUCUGGCUGACCUGCUGGAAGACAAGACUGUAUUCCCAUAUGGGGAUAUACCAAGUUUCCCCUCCAGCACUGUUCAGGGCCACGCAGGUCAGCUGGUGUUUGGGAAGCUGCAGGGCUGCGAAUGCGUCUGCAUGAAAGGACGCUUCCACUUCUACGAGGGCUACAGCAUACACACGGUGACGUACCCGGUGCGAGUCUUCCGCCUGCUGGGCGUGAAAACUCUGAUCGUCACGAAUGCAGCUGGAGGGCUGAAUGCUGCUUUUAACGUGGGAGACAUCAUGCUGAUCAAGGAUCACAUCAACAUGCCGGGGUUUGCGGGGCAGAACCCACUCUGCGGCCACAAUGAUGACAGGUUUGGGGUGCGCUUCCCCUGCAUGUCCGACGCCUACGACCGAGAUUUAAGGGCUUUGGCCAAGAAAACAGCAAAGGAGCAGGGCUGCAACAGCUUCCUGCAGGAGGGGGUUUACUGCAUGCUGGCUGGACCCACCUAUGAAACCAUUGCAGAGAGCAGGGUCUUGCAAAUUCUUGGGGCCGACGCUGUUGGUAUGAGCACAGUCCCGGAAGUGGUGGUGGCUCGUCACUGUGGCCUGCGUGUCCUGGGUCUGUCCCUCAUCACCAACAAGGUCGUGAUGGAUUAUGAGAGCGAGGAAAAGGCAAAUCAUGAGGAGGUGCUGAGGACCACCGACCGCCGAACCAAGGACCUGCAGAGGCUUGUCGGCCAGCUUGUCUGUCAGCUCGCCGCUGAGAAACAUUUAUGAAGCACAAAAGAAACAGAUUUUCUGCAAUACUUUGCUUCCCCCAGUAAUGGGAUAUUCACAGAUUAGAACAAAUCUUGAAAAAAUCCAACAUAUUUAUACUUAGAUCUAUGCUUAAGUACACAAGGGACUUGCAUGAUGUUGUUAAAGCAGAUUUCAGUCCUCAAGGCCCACUGUCCAUCACGUUUGUGUGACAUAACAUCGACUGCUGAUGAUCGGAAUCAGUUUUGCUGUCAGGCACCGGGCCUCGAGGACGGGGUUACAUACCCCAGAAGGUUGCUUUACAAUCUAACUGUUAUAUUUUGCUUUUUUAGCACUACCUUUUUUUCAGUGUGCAAAAUGUACAUUUUUAUAACACAGUCGUUCUGUGAUUUUUAUGGUACAAAGUUAGAACAUAUUCUUUCCUAAACCUUAGCCGCUAAUAUUUCUCCCAACCUUCAACAAAAAGGGCUAAAAGAGCAAGUUAAACAAAAGCAGAGAAUGAACACACGACUUUAGAACUAAAAUUAAACUUGUAAAAGAAUAUUAUACAGAAGAAAUAUAGUUUAUUACAUGUUUUUUGUGUUAAAUUUCAGAAUAGAAUAAAGAAAUCACAAUUUAUGAUAUAAAAAGAAAGAAUUGUAGUGUUUGUCAACUUAACACAUACACCAUUAAAGGUUUACCAUUGGUACCGUUAGACCUGGUGGAUCCAGGCAGCAUGAGUGUUUUCUUCAACCGAACCUCAAUGCAGCAAAACAUCCAAAAUACUAAACUAAAAAAUCUGAAUAAACAGUUCAAGAGAUGGGAAAACAUGUUAGUAAUGAUGGUAACAUGUUUUCCCAUAACGGAAACACAGAGGAAUUAUUAAAGAGCUGGGAUCUUCUCAUGUUUCGGCGGCACACUCUUCCACUCUUUGAAGUCAACAUAGGAAACAUUGAAACAUCUUUUUGUGGUGCCUUUAACUGACAGCAGAACAUGCUGGAUUUUUCUGACAACUCAAAAUACAUCAUUUUAUUUUAAAUACAAAUAUAGAGCUUUUACUGAUAGAUUUUUGCUAUUUUUUCAAAUGGUGCUAAUAGGAUUGUUGACAUAACAGGCUGACUUACUUGACCUUUUAGCUUGUUUUUUAUUGCAUUAUUCUAGCUGCUUUACUUUUGCACAUGCUAAACAUGUUUCAUCUAUCGAUAACACAAACGCAGAUUCCUUUUAAAGAGAAAGUAUAGUAGUUUUGCACAAAAUCACUUUUGGCUGAAGAUGAACACAACUAUUUUUGAAACAAAAGAAGGUUUUAAUAUUUAGGACUAUAUGGACAAAUUAUUUUUUAAAUGUUUUAUUAAUAUUACAAAAAGGAUUUAAACAACAUUGCAUUGGAAAAAAAGUUUAGUUUUUGAAGAAGAUUUGAGAUUUUAUUCAUUGUAAUAAGACACCAGAACACUGUAAUACUACAGAGGCUUUUAAUAACUGGACCUGCAGUUUUUCAAUCUGGAUUCCUUUGCCAGCUUUCUCUGACCCGCCUAACCCAUUCAUUACCGCUUGAAAGUCUACAGAAUUCCAACAUCAGCACUCCAACUCUUUGAAGAUUUGUGCCAGGCAGAGCAUCAAACCACUAAUGGAAGUCUUAAAAGGGAGUUUUACUCGAUUUUUAAGUCAAAUUUUUCAUUUUUGCUGCAUUUUUUUAAACAUUUAACUGGCAAAAAAUGUGAUUGUAUAUUGAACUUACAAUACAGAAAUAUGUACUCAUGGCAAAGGAUGAAAAUAUCAAUAAAAAUGUGCAGAUGUCAUGUG